AUGUAUAAUUCACAAUACAACAUAGCAUUAACAAGAGGAACAAAACGUACUAUGUCACUUACACAUAUACUAUUAUUGGAAGACGGCACACCAAAACCAUUAAUUGCACCAUUAGACAAAUGUGUUGUGAACGAAAAACAUUCAUCUGUUAUUUAUCACGUUAAUGACAGUCGUACAAUAUCAGGUACUAUCGAAUGUGUUCAAAAAUGUUGUUUAAUGAGAAUGAAAAAAUUAAAUAAUGAUACAUCUGAAUUUGAAUAUGAAGAAAUAGAUGGUACAGUUGAAAAUGAACAACAUCAGUGUGCAUCUGAACAUAAUAAUGCACUUAAUUCAACUGAUAUGCACGGUAAACAAUUUUCGAAUCCAAGUGAACAGAUUUAUGACAAUACUCAUAAAAAUCUUCCACUAGUAAAUGAAAAUAUACCAGUAUUAGUUAAUCGUAAACAAUUUAAAUUGACAUCAUCAAACACAUCAUUGUCAUCAUCCUCUGCAUUACGAGUUAUUUCAUUAAAUAAUGAAACAACCAAUCUACAACAACAAACAACAGCAGAAAUAACUGUAGCUGAUGAUGAUUUUGUUGAUGAAAUGAAUGUACAAAAUUCAAAUAAUAAUAGUACUCAAUUGUCUAUUACAGCUCCAACUCAGAUAAAUACACCACCAUUAUUAAAUUCAUCAUUACCAAUGCAGAAUAAUUCACAAAGUCGAUUACAAAUAAGUCGAACGCAACCACAAUCGUUAUCAUGUCCAUCAAUAAUUAAAAAUACAAAGCAAUUUUCAAUGCAAGGUCGUCCGCAAUUACUACCAGAUUCAAGACAUCAACGAAAAGGCAAGAUUACUGCUUCAAUUGAUCUAAAUAUAUUCUUAUGA